AAUUGAAUGGGGGCCCAAGCUUUUAGAGGCUGAUAAAGUGGCGGAGCUGAUGUGAUCGGGGCUGAUUAUCUUGGCUGUGGCGGAGAUCACCGAUAAAGAUAACAUCCAUGUGCUGCCCACUCCACCCUGGUGCCUAAGUAUUACUUGUCGACGUGACAACUAUUAGUGUCCGUGAAAUCUAGUGGAAUGUUCUAAUUACCGCCUUUUCAUCUUGCAGGGCUUUUGUCGAUUAGCGACGAUGACCCCUACCAGUCGCCCACGAUGGCGAUGUGGCCCAAAGAUCAGUCUUCCAUCAUUGGCAACUGACGCCCAUCCAGGCCCCCUCUUCUCUCUCUCUCUCGUUCAUUCGAUUCCAAGCGCUUCUAGCCUUUCUCCCUCCCAUCCUAGCCUUAGACUACGGUCUUAAGCUAGACACGAUCAUCUGAGGAUGGCACUUCGAACCAAGAGGAGUGUAUGGAGGCUCUUAUUCCGAUCAGCGUUUUCCCUCGGUUUCCUCUGGCUCGCCGCGAUUACCCUUCAUAGCCUUUCCUUCGGCUCACCGCCCACCCAUGUCCGAGUAUUUUCUGUCGUGGAUAUGUCUGUUCUCCAGCAACCACAACAACAUCAAUACCGUAAUGGAUACCAUCCAUGGAAUUCUGCACCCGAAGAGCACACCUAUACGCCGGACGGAUUGCUCAUCGUCAACCCUAACGGUCCCCAUCCUAUAUUUGAACUGAUUCGCAAUGCAGAGAAAGAGUGGAACGCAAAGUUGCAGCGCGCAAGCAAGACACUCGAAGAGGCUGUAGUGGAGUACGAACGCCGGUAUAAGCGCCCUCCCCCGCUCGGAUUCGACAAAUGGUGGGAUUACGUUGUCAAGCACGACGUGUUACUUCCAGACGAGUACGACGAAAUAUACUACGAUCUCGAACCUUACUGGGGGCUUCACCCGGAAGAUCUCGCGGCCUCAGAGCGGGAGCUCGAAGAGCGCGACGAUAUCAUCGUCGUUGCGAAGACGCCGGAGAGUGAUAAACUUGAAAUCGUUCGUACUACUGUCAAGGGAAACCCUACCGCUUUCCUUGUUCGAAUUUCAGAUAUACUGAAUCUCCUCGAGGAAGUCGAACAUGACCUCCCCCCGUUGAGGAUGUCGUUCUCCCCGCACGACAAUCCAAACAUGUUAUCUGAUUGGAGGAUAAAAUCCAUGGUCAUGAACGCUGCCAAAAGAGGAACGACCGUCAGGCAAAAGGAUUUCCCUCCCAUUCAUACAGUUGGUUGGGCGCAAGGCUGCCAGCCUUCCACUCCUGCACGACUGAAGAGGCCUCCCUUACCCGCACUUCCUCCGCACGCAUAUGAACCGCAAUUCAAUACGAGCGCACCAAAAACUUUUAUUGCAUCCCACCGUGCGACGAUGGAUCCGUGUGCGCACCCCUCGUUACUGGUGACCCACGGCCAGUUCCUCUCGCAUUACGCAGGACCUUACCCCCAGAAAACGCUCGUGCCUAGAUUCUCUCUUUGCGCAACGCAACUGCACCACGACAUCCGUCCGCCUGUGCCGUAUGGCUGGGUUUCAGGAUUGGAUCUUGAGGAGCACGGUGACGUGCCGUGGGAAGAGAAGAUCGACGAACGUCUUGAUUGGAGGGGCAGCAAUACGGGGUUGUACGCGUCGUCUAACACGCCGUGGUCGUAUGCACAGCGAGCGAGGUUGGUCUCGCUUGCGAAUUCGGUGAUUGGGAAUGUGAGUAUACUCCCUGUUCCGGAGGAUGAGAAUACGAAAGUGGGCGAGCCAGAGGAAGUGAGGUUGGCGCGAGUUAAUCCUGCCUGGAUGGACGUUGCGUUUGUAGGCGGGGCAAUUAUGUGCGAUGAGAAGGGAGGGACGUGUAAGGAGAUGGAGAAGAUGUGGGAGUUCAGGAGAUCGCAGGGGAGAAAGGAGGAAGGGAGGUAUAAGUUCAUCUUUGAUGUCGAUGGAAAUGGAUGGUCAGGUCGAUUCAAGCGACUGAUGACCACCAAUUCGCUGAUAUUCAAGGCGACCAUCUAUCCGGAAUGGUAUGGUUUUCACUUUCUUCUCUACAGCCGCUCAUCACUGUCGGGCAGGUAUACGUCUCGCAUAGCACCGUGGGUGCAUUAUGUCCCCAUUCAGGUUUCUUAUACAGACCUAUACGACGCCGUUGCGUUCUUCCGCACCCAUGACGACCUUGCUAAACGCAUAGCCUCGGAGGGCAGAGCUUGGAGUAUGCGAUUCUGGAGGAAAGAAGAUAUGAGCGCUUACCUCUACAGGUUAUUCCUCGAGUACGCCCGAGUGUCGAGUAUGGAUCGGGACGCGAUGUCUUACAAGGGCUCCUCUAAUGUGGGGGAGGAAGAUCUUUAAUUGUUUGGCUUUCCUUUCGUUUAUGGGUACAAUUUUUUUCCGCUGUGUAGGUAUUAGUGCUAUGAGGAGUCGGCAUAUAAGUGAAGUUCCAGAUGACUACUGUUUCGAAUCACGAUGAACAUACGGCAAUUAGCAUU